AUGCUAAGACAAAGAGUGAAUCUCCUAACCAAUGCCAUGCGGGGAAUGACAGCAAUCAAAUGGGGGCUGUCACCCCAAAUUCUCCGCAUCUGGUAUAAGACUGUUACGGAGAAAAUCGUCACCUAUGGUGCCUCAGUAUGGGCCACGCGGCUGAACACCCAUAUGAGACGUCAAUUAAAUACCAUACAGCGUCAACAGCUACUAAUAAUCUGUAAGGCUUACAAAACAUCCCCAACGGCAGCCUUGCAAGUUCUAGCCGGUGUACCACCCCUCGAUCUCUUCAUAGAGCGAGAGACGACGAUAGGGAAAGUUAUUAGACUGAGGCAACACCACACACUGUGGGGUCAUACUUACAAUCCCAGUGAAUACGAAGAACACAGGACCAUCUUCGCCUGUCACCCGGCAGAUGACACUCUCUCUCGAGAAGCGCAAAAGAUCAAGCCUAUAGGUAUCUUCACAGACGAGUCAAAGACACCGGAAGGGACUGGCUGUGCAUUCUGCCACGUCUCUGAAGGGGUGACGAUCCAUACGUGGAAAAGGAGGUUGGCCCAUCAUAACUCGGUCUACCAGGCUGAGUUACUGAAAAUCAACGCAGCACUGAAAUAUAGAGCGGAUUCCCUGCAUACUCCCAUAGAAAUUUACACCGACUCAGCCUCAAGCCUGGCUGCCAUAGCUAAUGAAAGAGCGGGAAGCCCCAUAGUCCAAGACAUGAGGAGGCAGAUUUUCCAUCUUAGCCAAAAAAAAAAAAACCCCACGUCUCACCUGGGUGCCAGCACAUACUGGCAUCUAGGUAAUGAGCUGGCAGACGCGGCGGCAAAGGAGGCAACUAAAUAG